AUGUAAAGCGUAUCGCUCCACUUUGCUAAUCGUGAUCGAGUAGAUCGGCCUCAUAAAGACCAGUCCAAGUUACACGCUGCUUAUUCGUACUGCAUUUGACGCAAAUUUGCUUCAACUUCAAAUCAAAAAUAUGAAUGCCAGGCUUCAUUCAAUCCAGCUCGUUCUCAUUGAAUUUGCGAUUCGUGGGUCGAUGUUGGCGCAAAUUGAGUAUAGUAUGGUUGCUUUUCACCUGGCUUCAUAUGUCGCGCACGACCAACCCCGCCCCCACAUACUUCAAUGCGGGGAACUGAGGUUACUGAUGCAUUGAACCUUGCAGUGUCUGCCACUCCGGUUAUAAAGCGUGUCUUUCUUCCUUGUGUGCUUGCUGCGUAUUUGCUUGUCUCAAGGCGCAGCAUAGAGCAUAUAUAUGCAUCGGCCCGAUGGCGAGCGCAAAGCAUGACAUUCUGGAAUCCAUCGCGCCUAUCGCCUUUUCAUCUUUGUCGUGCAAUAGCUCUAAGCCAUCCAUCUACGCGCGCUUAAAGAUCGAUGGGGUAUUCAUCAU